AUGGUUUUCUCUGGAGAGUUUCAUCCAUUCCGUCUUCCUGUCCCUGAUUUAUGGCUAGACGUCUUCCAGAAGAUCAAAAGCAUGGGGUUUUCGGGAGUGUCCUUCUAUGUAGACUGGGGUCUAGUCGAAGCAAACCCAGGACAUGUUGUGACAGAUGGAAUAUGGAGCUUGGAACAGUUUUUUGAAGCUGCAAAUCAGGCAGGCAUAUAUCUCAUUGCUCGACCUGGUCCGUACAUCAAUGCAGAGACGACGGCUGGUGGGAUUCCAGGCUGGAUUCUUCGGAAGGAAGCAGUCAUUCGAUCCGACGAUCCUGAAUAUCUCAACACGACCGUCAAAUACUUGUCUACCAUGGGUGAAAUCAUUGCCAAGGCUCAAGUCACUAAUGGUGGACCGAUAAUCCUAGUUCAACCUGAGAACGAGUACACAACCUGGCCGGAAGUUACUGAUUUUCCAUCAGAAAUGAAUCGGGAGUAUAUGAAUUUUGUAGAGCAGCAACUCCUCAACGCAGGAGUCACUGUUCCGCUGAUUGUUAAUGAUAAUGAAGUGAAGGGGUACUGGGCUCCAGGCUCAGGUCUCGGCGCGACUAAUAUCUAUGGCAUUGAUGCUUACCCAUUACGCUAUGACUGCGCAAAUCCAACUGUCUGGCCAACGUACGAGUUUCCGCAUGAUUGGCAGGUUAUCCAUGAGCAGGAGAGUCCUACCACACCCUUCGCCAUCGCUGAGUUCCAGGGAGGUUCUGGUGAGGGAUGGGGAGGUGUGCUCGAGGAAAUGUGCGGGGAGUUGAUCAACGAGGAAGCGGCGCGUGUUGUGUACAAGAAUAAUUACAGCUUUGGCGUGAAACUUUUCAACAUUUACAUGACCUUUGGUGGCACAAACUGGGGAAACCUAGGUUACAUGAAUGGAUACACAUCCUAUGACUAUGGCGCAGCGAUAACAGAAGACCGAGGUCUAUGGCGCGAAAAGUACAGCGAACAGAAAUUGCAAGCCAAUUUCCUUAAAGUAUCGCCCUCAUAUCUAACUGCGACGUCUGGAAUCGGCAUAAACGGCUCUUAUGGUGCGCCAGGUUCAAUUGCAGUGACUCCACUGCUUGGAAAUGGGACUCGUUCGAAUUUCUAUGUGGUUCGACAUGCCAACUUCAGCUCUACGGAUAACACAAAGUACAAAAUCACUGUUCCAACGAGUGCUGGAAACGUCACUAUACCUCAGCUUGGUGGCAAUCUAAGCCUUAAUGGCCGCGAUUCUAAAUUCCAUGUCACUGAUUACGAUCUCGGCGGCAUUAAUUUGAUCUACUCCUCAGCCGAAAUAUUGACUUGGGCUCGAGGUGCCGGAUCGACACGUGUUUUGGUCCUCUACGGCGGAAUGGACGAGAUGCAUGAGCUUGCUUUCUCUUAUAAACUUGGGAAUCCAACUAUCAUCGAGGGAACCGGAGUAACAAUCGAACAAAAGGGGUUGAUGUGGGUGGUACAGUGGCAGGUUCAGCAGGAUCGCCGUAUAUUCCAUAUUGCAGGGCUUCGGGUGUAUUUGCUUUGGCGCAAUGAAGCCUACAAUUAUUGGCCGAUGGAAAUUGAAGCAGAUGAACCGAUCGGCAAUUUUUCAUCGCGUUCUAAAGACUUGGUUAUCGUCAAAGCUGGCUACCUGCUACGCAAUACUCAGCUUUGUGGCCAAGAUAUUUGCUUAACAGGUGACAUCAACAAAACGACAGAGGUCGAGCUAAUCUCUUCUCCAAUUGAAAAGGUCAACAAAAUCAUCUUCAAUGGCGAUGUAUUAGAUACUUCGGUCGGAAAGGCCCAGAACCCUUUUGCUACUUUGGAGUAUCAUCCGCCAUCACUGAACAUCCCUGCUCUCGCUGAUUUGGAAUGGAAAUACUUGGACACCUUGCCUGAGAUCAGGAGCUCGUACGAUGAUACUACUUGGCUGAAUUGCUCCAGAACAUGGACAAACAAUCCUCGGAACCUGAGUACCCCGACAAACCUGUAUGCUAUGGAUUAUGGAUUCCACACAGGAUCCCUGAUUUACAGAGGUCAUUUUACUGCAAAUGGCCAAGAAUCAUAUAUUUUGUUGAACACAUCCGGUGGCACAGGUUUUGGUCAUUCUGUUUGGCUGGACAACACUUUUGUUGGCUCAUGGACUGGAUCGAGCGCAAAUGCCACGGCUCUUCAAACGCUGAAAUUUGGAAAUGACUUGUCCGUUAAUAGCUUCCAUGUUUUGACUAUUUUGAUUGACAAUAUGGGGCAAGACGAGGAAGCUCCAGGGACAGAUGUGAUCAAAUUCCCCAAAGGUAUCCUGAACUACGAGCUAUCUGGGCAUGAGCAAAGCGAUGUCUCGUGGAAGGUCACUGGUAAUUUAGGCGGGGAGCAGUAUCGGGAUCUGGUCCGUGGUCCAUUGAACGAGGGUUCGAUGUAUGCUGAGCGGCAAGGAUAUCACUAUCCCAACCCACCGACUGCCAAGUGGCCUAUUUCCAAUCCGUUGAAGAAUGGAAUUGAUGGACCCGGUGUCGGAUUUUACACAACUUCCUUUGAGCUUAGCAUCCCGGAAGGAUGGGAUGUACCGAUGAGCAUUGUUUUCAAUAGCUCUGAUUCAAACACGCCAGAUUACCGAUCAGGGAUCAAUUAUCGGUGCCAAUUUUACAUUAACGGGUAUCAGUUUGGAAAGUACAGUAAGUACAACAGGCUAUUUGAGUAG